AUGGAGGGCGCUCCAAGGGGUCGCCCCGGGCCCUCCGAGCCCAUCUCGAGCCCACCCCGGGACGCUCCGGCGGGACCAGCGGGACCGGCGGUCCCUGAAGGGCGCGAAGGGUGGCCGUGGCAGUUCCAGCUGAACGCCCGGCGUCCCUCGAGCCCGAUGGCGCAGCAGCUGAGGGCCUUGAGCGGAGGCAGAACCAAUGUGGUCAAUGCCACAGCUCGAGCGUCCUAUGAAAGCGCCUUGAUGUCUGCGGUCCGGCGGCAGAUGGACGCUUUUGAAGAGAAGUGGGAGAAGAAGUUCCGCGGCGAUGAUCAUUACUGGCUCACGCGCCCCGCGCACACAGUGGGCGCGCAGGGCGCACACGGUGACGGGAGGUUGAGACAAGAGCGAAGAGACUUCUCCGCCACCACUCUGGAUCGUUUGUUCGAUCGGGUGAAUGUUUUGGAAGCUCAACAGCCUCGUGUGGAGAAGCGCUUGGCGGAGCUGGAUGGCAAGGUCAAGGGCCUGUCCGAUGAAUUGCAGGGGCAAAUUCGGCAGGUUCAUUUGUUGGACGACCGUCGCUGGGAAUGGAAACAAAAGAUCGAGGAGGAGUUGGCGGCGAAGUGCCAAGCCUUGCAGCAACAGAUGCAGGCGCUGGUGGCCUCGAGUCGCAGCAUCUCUCUGGAGGAAGACUCCCGACAGCAACGGACUUGGCACAGCGCGCUGGAAGAAGGCUUAUCCGCGGCCGCCAGAGAACGCAACGCCAUGCAGCAGGAAGUGCAUGAAGGCUUCGUGAACGUUUGUGAGCGCUUGGCCGCGUUGGAGAUGAAGGUACCGCUUGAGGAUUUUCCAACCUCGGAGAGCCUAGCACUGAAAGGUGAUGCGAGUGAGGACUUUGCCACUGAAGUGCUGUCCAAACGACUUGAGGACCUGGAAAAGAGGUUCGAGGAAGCCCUCCAGGACAACUUCGAGAUUCACCAGCGACACGCUGCGCAAGAGGAACAGAUUCGCACCUUGCGCACUCGCUUUGAGAAUCGCGAGGAGCAACUCCGCGACCUGGGCGAACGCGUGGAACGCAGCGACUGGGACGUGAAGCUCUCACAGAUCCGGCAGGCCAUACAAGAGCACAACCAGCAACGCACGCUUCAAAGUGAGAAGCUGGAACUCUUGACCAAGAGGGUGGAAUACCAAGAGCAAGUGGUGGAAGACGUCCGCUUCGCUUCGCGCCCGGCCCUGGAGCCCCCUUUGGGCGUCAUGGAACCCGUGGCAGUAGAGGACUUUGCGGCACCAUCCGCCCUGGCAGUGCUUGAGGACCAGAUGAAGGUCAUGACAGCAGAGAUCAAACGGCUCCAGGAGCCGCAAGAAGACAAGUUGGGGCUCAGUUCUCUGAUUGUGCAGCUAAAGGAGAUUUCUCCCAAAGUCAUUGCCCACGAGAAGUCCAUCAGGCGAUUAGAAGACGGAGCGACGAGUCAAGCUGAGUCGAAGUUGGCGAAUGAAGUGUCCCAAGCUUCUGCCAGCCUCGUCUCCGUGCAGGAACGCUUGGAGCGCCUGGAGCAGGCGAACGCUGACUCCGAGCAGCUGUCGAAGUUGCGACAGGAUCUCGCAGAUGAGCUGCGGGACCUGCGACAUCGCAGCGAGGAAAAUCUCAAGGAGCUCGGCUCCGAGCUGACGCUGCGCUUGGCCAAGCUGGAGACCAUAGGUCGCGAGACUUGGUCGAGCUCCGAGACCCAGGUUGAACUCGAGAAGCCUCUUGACGUUACGAAGGGUCUGGACAUAGAGAAGCGCCUGGAUCGCAUCGAAGCUCAGGGCAAGGCCGAGGAGGAGAAGUGGUUGAAGUUUCAGCAGGAGUUGCAAGAGCACAAGCAGCAGAUGGAGUCACGCUUGGAGUUCUUGCAGGCGCCGAGCUUUGAAGAUCAAGACAUUGGGAAGGACCUCCUGAAGAGGGAAGGUACGUGGACCUUGAACGGUUCUCAUGGCCCAUAUGCCUUCGAGCCUCGCAAUGGAUGGCUCAGUGUCAAAGACCAAAGGAUUGGAAGAUUCAGUUGCAAACGGAUACAAGACAAGCCCUUGCAUUGGCCGUCCGGUGAUGAUUUUUCCAAUCUGAAGAAUUUGAGCAUCGUCUCCUCCGAGAUCAUGACGGAACUCCAGCGCCAGGAGAACGACGGGGCUCUCUUCGUGCUGCCCUCGCAACUGAAUGGUGCCGAAUACCCCUCGCCUCUCCAUGAAGACAUCGUCUAUGACGUGGAGGACUACAAGUACGACAACACAGGUGGUCCGAGGGGUCAGCUGGCCCUGCACCCCGCCGCGGCGCAGUUCUUGCUGGACAAUGCGCAGAAUGCGCAGCGCACAGGUGGUCUGAAUGCCGCCGCAGCGCUGGACAUCAAGGAACUUGAGGCGAUCAACGGCUACCUUAAGAUUCAGGACACGUCUGACGGGGCGACCGCUUCAUCGAUGGUUCUGCAGACGCUGCGGGAGAAGUUGCAUACUCUACGGCCCUUGAUCAUGGACGAUCUCCUGGCGCAGGGGGUGACGCCUGACAAGAGGUCCUUGUUUGAGGGCCGGCAUCGGGUGGGGGUGGUCUAUGCUUCGGCGGUCCCGGUGAAUGCCUACCUGAAUCAGGUGGUGGAUCCUGGAUCUGCACGAAAGGAUGGAUCGGAGAGGUCACUGGAGUUUCAGACGCAGGUGGCAGAGUUGCUUGCUGAGCAGGGGAGGUUAUUCCUUGUGGCCCAGUACUACGCCGCUCUGAAGUACGCCGCUGAGAGCACCAGACUUGUCGGUCGGAAUCGAACGCGACGGAGGGUCUAUUUGAUGCCUCUGGGAGGCGGCGUGUUCAACAACCCCUGGGAGAUCAUCGGGCGAAGCAUGGCCAAAGCGUUGCAAAUGCUAGACGAUGAUUUGCUUGAGAUGCUGGACAUUUGCGCGUUGGCGUGGAAGGGAGAACCUUCCGAGGAGUUUGUUGGCAGCAUUGCGUGGCCCCAAGUCCAACUUGUGAGGCAAAGGCUCCGGGAAGUCUUCUGCCAGUUGAACAGCGCUUAUGGCGCGCCCGUGACUGUCGCCUCUCCGCCCGAAGCUCCAAAGUUGGAGGUGUUGAAAGCGCAGGAGGAGCUUCGAGCAGAAGUGCUGGGUCUGAAGGAGCUGCGGCACCAGCUGGAAGUUGCCGCCCUGAAAGACGAGGCCGAGGAGGUGCGUGGCCGCUACGAGGCGCAGGAAGUUCAGCGGAAGGUCAAGACGUUGGAGGCGGAGUUGGCUGAGACGAAGGUGCAGCUCACAGCUUGGCGCAACAGCACUGAAGAGGGCAGUCGCGCUCGCGCCACAGCCACCACAGCGCCCCGCACGUCUGCAGCUAGCGGCCGCGGCGCGACUGCACAACGGCGCACAAGAGCCUUGCGGAUGCGUCUGAGAGUAGGAUCGGCGGUGCAGCAGGAAGUGGAAGAACGGCUGGUGACGAUGCGCGAGAAGAUGGAAGCGAUCAGGAGAAAAGAGCCUGAUCGCAUCGGCGUUGGCAACGCUGGCGCUUCAGACCUCCAAGGUACAGUGCUGUGGUGUGACAGCGACCCGGAGAUCUUGCGCAGCUGUGACGUCUUGCGCGGCUCCGGGAUGCAGGUCCAAGCCUUCCAAGAACCUGAGGCGCUGCUGCAGCAGUACCUGCGAAAGCCGCAGGAGGUGCUGUGCAUCAUGACGUCCAUGAUGCAAGGCAAUGGGCGCAAGGAACGUAACGCCAUGAACGGCUACGACCUGCUGGAGGCGAUGCAGCGCGCCGCCGCCGCGCGCCGUUUGCCGCCGCCGCUGCGGGUGAUGAUUUCCUGCACGGCCGAGGAGGUGGCGGCGCGCCACGCAGGUGCUGACAUUGUGGUGCUGGGAAACCGCAUCAAAGCUCAAAACUUGGUAGUGACAAAGCUUCGCAAAUCUAUGGGCUUACAAGCCGGAUAUGUGGGAGACAAAAGCUGCUGA